CCGGACCGGCCCUUCCACCACUGGGAAGCUGGUCACGUGUGGGCGGGAAGGAUUAGCUGUGUCUCAUUAAUGGCCCCAUCACCUGUGUACUAACUCGUUAUAGAGUGACUCAGGCUAGAUAUAGAGGAGUCUCCCGCGGCUGAGGUGAUUCUAUCGUUACAGAGCAGACAUGGCUCAUGUGAGGAGUGUGUGCGCUCUGCUUCUGCUCGCCCUCUGCACACAGCGCCUCGGAGCUCAGUUCCCCAGAGCUUGUACUACAGUGUCGGCUCUGGUGAACAAGAGGUGCUGCCCCCCUGUGGGCUCCCAGGAAGACAACGUAUGCGGCUCCGCGCAGGGUCGGGGACAGUGUGUACAGGUCCAGGUAGAUGAGCGCCCAUGGAGCGGACCGUACACUCUGCGCAAUGUGGAUGACCGGGAGCGCUGGCCACUCAAGUUCUACAACGCCACCUGCCGGUGUAAUGGAAACUUUGCAGGUUAUAAUUGUGGAGAAUGUAAAUUUGGAUGGACAGGACCUAACUGUGAUCAGAGGAAGCCACCGGUUGUACGGAAAAAUAUACAUUCGUUAACCGCACAGGAGAGAACUCAGUUCCUGGAUGCACUGGAUCGUGCGAAGGACACCAUUCAUCCUGAUUACGUAAUUGCCACUCAGCACUGGCUUGGUCUUCUUGGGCCCAAUGGAACUGAACCACAAGUAUCGAACACCAGCAUCUAUAACUUCUUUGUCUGGCUUCACUACUAUUCUGUCAGGGACACAUUGCUCGGGCCAGGACGUCCAUUCAAAGCUAUUGAUUUGUCACACAAGGGUCCUGCAUUUGUUACUUGGCAUAGAUAUCACUUGUUGUGGCUGGAGAGAGAUUUACAGAAAAUGCUUGGCAAUGACUCUUUUGCUUUACCAUACUGGAAUUUUGCAACUGGAAGAAAUGAGUGUGAUGUCUGCACAGAUGAACUGUUUGGUGCACCCAGACCAGAUGACCCCACUUUAUUAAGUCUUGGUUCGAGGUUUUCACGCUGGGAGAUCGUGUGUAAUAGUCUAGAUGAGUACAAUCGUCUUGUUACACUGUGCAAUGGCACGAAUGAAGGUGUUAUUCGCCGCACCCCAAUAGACAGAUCUGGUGGACGACUACCAAACCCAGAGGACAUACAGAAAUGUCUUUCCCUCUCAGAUUUUGACAAUCCUCCAUACUAUACAAACUCGUCUUUUAGCUUCAGGAAUGCUCUUGAAGGCUUUGAUGACCCAGAUGGAACAUUGGAUCUUCCUGUAAUGAAUCUCCAUAACCUAGUCCAUGCAUUCUUAAAUGGAACCAGUGCGUUAUCCCAUUCUGCAGCCAAUGACCCCAUUUUUGUGGUUCUUCAUUCUUUUACGGAUGCAAUUUUUGAUGAAUGGAUGAAACGUUUCCAGCCUUCUGAUGCAGUGUGGCCCCAAGAACUGGCACCAUUGGGACACAAUCGUCUGUACAACAUGGUGCCUUUCUUUCCUCCAAUAACUAAUGAUGCGCUGUUUCUUCCCGCAGAAGAGUUGGGCUAUACAUAUGCCAUUGAACUACCAGCUUCUGAUGCAGACAUUCGGGCGGCAGGAGUCCUUGUGGCAUCUACUGUAGGAGGAGUACUUAUUGCCUUACUUGUAGUUUUACUGCUCCUUGUUCUCUUCAUGCGCAGAAAACGGCGACAAGGCUUUGAACCAUUAAUGAAUGCAAAAUACCAAACCACAAAAUACACAGAAGAUGCCUAAAGUGAUUUCAGUGUUUUCCUCUCCUAACUAAAUACAUUGUAGCACUAAAUUUGUAUUCACAAAAUGACAUUUUAGUCCAUUCUGAAACUAUUGGACCCAAGAACUAUUCUUGGCAAAUGUAAAACUUUUUUUUAGUUAAUACUUACAUUUUUUUUUAAAACUCUUAAAUUGUCCUCCCCUCAAACACUUGUAUUAAAUUUGUCCUACCCUCUGUACCACUGGCAAUUUAAAGGGGUUGUAAAACUUUUAGUGACCGGCCCCUGUUUUUACUCACCCGAGGCCCAGAAUUUACCAUGGCAGAGACACACUCUUCCUCUGCCUGGGGUUCUCUGCUCUUGAUUGGAUAGAUUCAUAGCAGCGUAGCCAUUGGCUCCCGCUGCUGUCAAUUCAAUCCAAUGAUGGGGACAGGGCUGAGUCCUACAUUUUGGCGUCUAUGGAUGCCAAAUGCUGGACUUGGAUGUGUGCCCGAAAGGUAAAAGAAGAGCGCUUUAAGGUGUUAUAAGAUGCGGGAGGAGCCACGAGCGCCAUUGGGGGACCCCAGAAGUCAAGAAUUUGGGCCACACUGCAAAACAUGCUGCACAAUGGAGGCAAGUAUGAUAUGUUUGUAAAGCUACAUUUUUAUUUUUUUUUAUUUUUUUUAAAACAAUCAC